AUGUUCCACUCACCACCUUUAGUCAAAGUCACUCGACUUGAACUCACGAGACCCAACAUGACCAAAACCACCAAAUCGACCACGACCACCACGAGAUCACCGCCAACCAUCACGACUAAAACACUUAGGACCCGUACCACCACCUCUAGUAAUGCGUCCACCACAAGCUCCACCAAGUCAUCUCCACCCAACACAAAACGUGCUACCAAACCCAUCACCAUGAAAAAAAUAGCAGAAAGCCCGGGCUCGUCCGCAAACUCCGAACUAAACAGAAUAAACGACCCACUAAAAACCGACAUCUGCCAGUACGUUAACGAGCAACUUAAUAUAAUAAACUGUAAAAUAUUAAAACACGAAUUAGACGCGACCAAAGAAAGGAUUAGGAACCGCAUUGCUAAAGAAGCCGAAAGGAAUCAAAUAAAAAUAAAGUAG